AUGGUGGCAAUGCAAUCCUUGAAGCAGAAAGCUUUGAAACCAGAUGUGGAACUGCUGCAGGAUUUUGGAGACAUAUUGACAAGGAGUGAGUCUGUACAACAGAUGGACAUUCCUUGCCCUAUGAACCGUGUGUUCAGUGAAAGACCCAUCACAGGGCUAAUAGACAAGUACAAGCAAUUCCAAGUGGAUAUUUACUUCUGCCAUGAAUUAACUAAUUUGGAUUUCUUGCUGUUUGAAGAUAUAAAACUUUUGAGGAAAUCUGUUGUCUUUGAUCUUGAAGAUGUACCUAUUCCUUCUGAAAGAUUUCAGUCUUUUGCCUCAUGGGGAAAGGAGACCUACACCUCUGGAAAACAAUAUUGGGAGGUGGAUGUGGAUGAAUCUUUGGCCUGGGCUGUAGGAGUGUGUAAGGACACUAGGUUAAGGAGAAACAGCACACUAAUCACAUCUGCAGAUAAAUUUCUUCUUUUAUCUGUAAAGGAGGAUGAUUUAUACAACGUUUUCACCACAUCCCCCUUCCUUUCUCAUUAUAUAGAGAAACCUCUGAGAAGGAUUGGUGUGUAUAUUGAUUGUGACAGUGGCAGUGUAAGUUUUGUUAAUGUUGACAAAAGUUCUCCCAUACGGAGUUACCCAGAUUGCUCCUUUGAUUAUCCACUCAAGGCUUUCUUUGGCACUGACUACUCGGUAUAG